AUGGCAGUUUCGCACGCGCAGCAUAAUGCUGAGGACCUUCAUUCUGACUCACUUCUCUGGGGUCACCGUAACACUAUUGUGAACCAUGGGCGAGCCAGCUCUUUGCCCUUCGAUUGCAACUGCGCCAAUUUUGUGAUUCGACCAGCACUUUCUGUGAGUCAGAAAUACUACACACCCAGAUAG